CUCUUCCUCAUCCAGUUCAUGCGAGAUGUGUGAGUGCUCUCACUCACGUCAUCCUCAACCACCACCCAGCUGCUUUCCCCUCCUCUUAAUCCCCACCGAGACAAAUCCAUCAAACCCUAGUCCUCCUCCUCAUCUGCGCCGCCGGCCGCCGUCCUCCCUUUGUUUCUUCCCGUCUUCCAAGCGAGAACAGAGAGCAGAGAAGAGGUGUCUGCAAAUUCAGUUAAAUAUCCUGUUAACAUCGAGAAAAUCCGCCGAGGAAACCUCUCCUUCCCGCUGCCUCCCGGCGUCCUCUCCGCCGCCUGAGUGCGGGAAUGGAGCCACCACGUCAAGGCCGUCUCCCUCGCAGCAGAACCAGGACUGGAGCCGCUCGGAAUCUUCGUCGACAUCAAGGUCUUCCUCCUGAAACGCUGUCCGUGUUCGCGGACCUUGCUCUGCACCGCGUCAACAAAUCCAGCCUUCCCCAACCAGUACGACUCCAGCAGCAUCCUCCUGCAUUUGCUUCUUCCCGGAUAGGAUCGCGAAGUGGUGUGGUGAGAUACGACAAGUUCUCCGGAUGUCCCUCGACAAGCUUUAACAGGUAUGAAGAUAUGUUCGAUGAAGACGACGUUAGCAAGGUUACCCUUCCGGCUUGUAUCGGCUGGGGCAGUUUGAGGAUCAUGACCCUGACCAAUGUCAAGAACAGCAUGGACGUGCAGAUCAGGUUAAGGAUGGAUUGUAUCAUAUCCGCCAAAGGAAGGAGCUGA